AUGCGUUCAUCCACCGAUCCUUCCGACGUGGAGUCAUAUGUCUCCGAAGCUCAACCGCGACUCACCCGUGAAUCUAUGGUAAGGCCCGAUAUCUUCCAGAAUCAAACGCAGACCUUUUAUCGCGAAAGCACGUCAACCGAGAAACCACCGAAGAAGCUCGGGCGGAAGCAGCGUGCUAUACGACUCCGGAGACAGAGGCAGGGAAAUGAGGGGGUUGCUCUGAGGCACUUUACCAAGCCUUCAAAGCCACCCAAGACCAUGAAAAAUGAAGAGUUCAUUUCUACAGAACGGACGAGAGCGAUCAAUCCCCGCGCAGAUAGCAGCCACCCUCCUAGCAAGAGCUACAAGGCAUCCCGUGGUGAUCGAGCGGCAGACUCCCGGCCAUGCCCGCCCCCAUUCCCAAACGGCAAGGGUACAGCCAGAACGGGCGCAUCCUCUUCCGGCCCACCCCACACGUAUGACAACCCGGACGGGCAAACGGGUCACAGCCUGGCACCAGGACACUACCCUGGUGAAGACUACUAUUAUAGUCCACCAAUCUACAAUGGCUGCAAGUUUCCAACAGCAUACUCCACGGCUGAAUCGGGAGCGCUUCAGGUACCGCGCUUGACGUCCUCUUACGACUCGCAGUAUGGGAUGAGGAAGUCUUUCGGUACUCACGGCACUGAAAUGGUCGGCGUCGUUCCAAGUACGGGACCACAGCUUUUGCCCAUGCCUGCCAUGUUAGCACCCGGGAUCUCCUUGCCGUGGAUGAUGUGA